GAAAUAUUUAUUAUUUUAUCAUCAAAUAAUUUCACUUUUAGAAAAUUCAAAAGAAAUUAAAAAUAAAGAAAGAAGAAGAAAAAGAAAUUACAGAAGGAUAAAAAAUUCUAAAAGAUACAGAAAAUUAAUUAAAUAUUUAAAAAAAACAAAUAAAAAUAGAAGAAAAAUAAAAGACAAAAUUUAAAAAUCAAAUUAAAAGAAAUUAACAGAACAAACAAACACAUAUAAGGAAUUAAAAAUAAAUCUAUCAAUUACCCUCUAAAAGCAGCCCCAUAAAUUAAAAACAAAUUUAGCAGUUCCUGGUUUUAUUUUUACAAACUCAACUGGGUACUUACAUAUAUCCAAUCAGGGGUAUUUUAAAACUAGGAAUGGCUAUAUUCACUAAAAUAAAAUUUGGAUGAAUAAAAAUUAAAAUAAAAAAUUUCCUUUAUGUCAAAUUGUUUAUCAUAUUGUAAUAAAUUAAUAAACUAAUUAAAAAUUUAAAAGUAUUUGUCUUAAAUAAAAUAAAAGUGUUUUAAUUAUUAUUAAAAUAAAAAUAUUUAUCUUUAUUAAAAUAAAAGUAUUUUAUCUUUAUUAGAACAAAAUAUAAUAAAAGUAUUUUUUUAAAUAAUUUAUUAUGAUUAAAAUAUUAGGAAUUCACUUAUAAAAAAAUAAAUAAAUAUAUAUGAUAAAAAUAAAAAAUAAAAUCUCUCAUAAAAAAAGAAAAACAAUGUUAAAUAUUAAAAAAUAAAUUAACACUGAUUAUUAUGAUGAUUCAGAAUAUGAAUAAUAUGUGAUUAAUAUCUACAGAUGCUAUUCUAAAAUUUAAUAAUCAGGCAAUAUUUUAGAUCAUGCUUUUGUUGUAUUACAAACAAAUACAAGCUUUUGGAAAUUAGAAAUAGGUGGAAAUAAAAAUAGAGUUUGUUUAGUUUAUGAAAAAAUAGAAUCAUCAUUUGAAAAAUUCUUUGGUAGUUAUAAAGCAGAUAAUAUAAAAAAAGUUUAAAUCAAAGAAAUAAUAAGAUAAUCUUAAGGAUACAUUGAAAAAAAUCCAUAUAAUUUUGUUUUUUAGAAUUGCUAUGAUUUUGUAAAAUUCAUAAUGGAAAAUUUUACAGAAGAUAUAACAAAUACUUAUGGAUUAUAAUUACAAGAAUUCAAAUAAUAUCUUAAAGUACCAUUAGUAAUACUUAAAAAAGUAUUAGAUUGACUUGGAAAGCAAAAUAAUAACGUAAAAAUAGAUAUAUACUUAUCAUUAGAUAAAUAAAGUUUAUUUAUAAAAUUAUCAAAAAUUUAUUAAGAAUUAAUAAAAUAUUUUGCUUUAUAUUUUUUAAUGUUUUAUUGUUUGUUUAUUAAAAAAAAAGAUUUGUUUUUUUAUGAAUUAUUAAUUUUCACUAAUCAUACA